CCGCUUGAGGUCUCCCUUUUGAGAGAGAGCGAGCGAGCGAGGAGAGAGAGCGAGAUAGAGAACACUGAUGUGUAGAGAGCAGGAACUGGGAGUAAGAGUAGCGUGGAAUUCACACGGAAUAUUCAUCUGUACAUUUCGUUGGCUAUAUUUUUCAUAAUAAUUAUUGCGACGUGGACACUAUUUCUCAUGUCUCAGAUGUGAUCGUGUUUUCAUCACAUCACUGCCCCCGGUGUCCAGUGAGUGACAACUACAGUGGGUAUUAUUUAACUACGCUCGAACAGCCUUCAGCCUUCACUUUCGAGGUUUUGGAGUCGAUCAAUUAGUUGAAUUAGAAAAUACAUUCUCAACAUGGCUACGGAUCAAGAAAAGAAUAAACAGCUUUUGAUAAAGCUGUUGGAGAGACCAGGGAACGGGAGCUGUGUGGAUUGCGGAGCUGCAGACCCGGAGUGGGCGUCCUACACCCUGGGUGUGUUUGUGUGUCAGAGCUGCUCGGGUCUCCAUAGAAACAUCUCCCAGAUCAGCAAAGUCAAGUCUGUCCUGCUGGACCCAUGGAGUGAUGCAGAGGUAGAGUUUAUGGCAUCCAACGGCAACGAUGCUGCUAAAGCCAAAUAUGAACAGAAGGUGCCUGUUUUCUACUACCGUCCAACACACAGAGACUGUCAGCUCCUUCGGGAACAGUGGAUCAGAGCCAGAUACGAGAGGAAGGAGUUUGUGUGUGUGGAGAGACAGGAGCCUUACUCUGCGGGGUACCGAGAGGGGUUUCUAUGGAAACGGGGCCGAGAUAACGGACAGUUCCUGAGCCGAAAAUGUAUUCUGUCAGAGCGGGAUGGUGCUCUGAAGUACUUCAACAAGCAUGAUGCCAGAGAGCCCAAGGCUCUGAUGAAGAUCCACACCCUGAACGCCUCCUUCCAGCCUGGGAAGAUAGGCCAGCCCCACGGCCUGCAGGUCACCUAUCUGAAGGACAACAGCACUAGGAACAUCUUUGUCUACCACAAGGAUGGCAAGGAAAUGGUGGACUGGUUCAACGCCAUCAGAGCAGCCAGAUUUCACUACCUACAGGUGGCUUUCCCUGGGGCCCAUCACGCUGAUUUGGUGCCAAAGCUAACACGAAACUACAUCAAGGAAGGCUACAUGGAGAAGACGGGUCCAAAGCACACAGAGGGCUUCAAGAAGAGAUGGUUCACUAUGGAUGACAGGAGACUCAUGUACUUCAAGGAUCCUCUGGAUGCCUAUGCGCGCGGUGAGGUGUUCAUUGGUAGUAAGGAGAACAGCUACACUGUGCUCCCCGGCCUUCCCCCAUCCACCCAGGGCUACCACUGGCAGUUUGGCAUCACCAUAGUAACGCCCGACAGAAAGUUCCUGUUUACGUGUGAGACCGAGGAGGAGCAGCAGGAUUGGAUGGCUGCCUUUCAGGGUUUGGUGAAUCGACCUAUGAUGCCCCAGGAAUAUGCAGUGGAGGCCCACUUUAAGCACAAGCCCUGAGAGGAGGAGGACAAGAAGGAAAAAGAGGGAGGCUGGACAUAUCCCCUGGAUGAAGACAGAUAAAUAGGAUCCUUCUCCUCAUAAGAGAAAAAAAUAUAUACAAUUAAAGAUAAACCACACAGAGCAGUAAAAGAGGGGGUAGAGAGGACUACAGAGGGUGGUGUUACUGUCCUGUUGCCAUACUCCUCUACUCUGCCUUACCCCAAAUCCUGCCCAUAUAUAAUGAACAAAAAUAUAAAACGCAACAUGCAACAAUUUCAACAAUUUUAUAGAGUUACAGAUCAUAUCAGUCAAUUGAAAUAAAUUAAUUAGUCCCUAAUUUAUGGAUUUCACGACUGGGCAGGGGCACAGCCAUGGGAGGACUAGGAGGGCAUAGGCCCACCCACUUGGGAGCCCAGCCAAUCAGAAUUAGUUUUUCCCCAUUAAAGUGCUUUAUUACAGACAGAAAUACUCCUCCGUUUCAUCAUCCGCAAGUGAAAAAGCCGGAUGUGGAGGUCCUGGGCUGGCGUGGUUACAUGUGGUCUGCGGUUGUGAGGCUGGUUGGACAUACUGGCAAAUUCUCUAAAACGACGUUGGAGAUGGCUUAUGGUAGAGAAAUUAACAUUCAGUUAAUUGGCAACAGCUCUGGUGGACGUUCCUGCAGUUAGCAUGCCAAUUGCAUGGUCCCUUAAAACUUGAGACAGCUGUGCCAUUGUGUUGUGUGACAAAACUGCACAUUUUAGAUUGGCCUUUUAUUGUCCCCAGCACAAGGUGCACCUGUGUAAUGAUCCUGCUGUUUAACUGUCUUUAUAUGCCACACCUGUCAGGUGGGUGAAUUAUCUUGGCAAAAGAUAAAUGCUCACUAACAGGGAUGUAAACAAAUGUGUGCACAAAAUUGGAGAGAAAUAAGCUUUUUGUGCACAUGGAACAUUUCUGUGAUCUUUUUUUUCAGCCCAUGAAACAUGAUACCAACACUUUACAUGUUGCAUUUAUAUUUUUGUUCAGUAUAGUUGGAAAGAGAGCCCAGAAUUAUGUUGACCUCCUUAACUCAUUAGAAGUCCCACCAAGUUGACAACACCCUUCAAUGGCGCUGCUAGUGCUGAGUGAUUAGUGCUCUUUGAGGUCGGUUUCGGUUAGAUAAGAAAAUAAUCAAGUAUUUUUUACAUUAAAUGCGCUAUUCAUAAUGUGGGUUGAAUACUGUAACACAGAAUAAAACAAAUUAAUAAAAUUCC